CAAGGCCGGGAAAAUAACACUUGUUCGCUGCUGCCCCGGAAGGCUGGAGGCCGAGACGCUGAGAGUGGGCAUGGCGACUUGGUCCCAACCGGACUCGGGUAUCCGGGGUAGGGUGGGACUGGCCCGGACUCAGACCAGGGUCCUGUGGCCCUACCCGAUCUUUAAGGGAAUUUGGCCGGUUUCUCAAACUUAAUUGGCUCUUGGGAGGUUUUAAUACUAAAUUGCGUGAGAACGAGAGAGUAGGAAUCCUGGGUCGCAAUUGUGUUUACUCUGACCAGAUUGUGUUUGUGUGUGUGUAGAUCGCUUUUCCGUUUAGACUGAAGGUGGUAGAUGGGUUACAACAGUAAGAGGAGAGGGGGAUGUCUUGGUUUAUGAAAUUAAUGGCAGCUCAGACGUAGACUAGAAACUGAAAGGCAGAUUUACCCCCUCCCCACCUGGCAGUCUGGCUUGAGAAUUUGGCCAUAACCUAGUGGUUUGGCUCAGAAGGUGAAUAAAAAUAAAACCUGUCUAUGCAAAUUCUGGACGGAAUAAUCCGACCUCAGGCCCCCACCAUCUCUCUUCUUUUUAAUGUGAGAGAGUGAUAGCAAAGGGAAAAUCAGAUUUCAAAGUUGAAAAAAACAAGAGGUAUUAUUCUCUUGUGUAAAGUGGUGGCCUGACCGUUGUCCCCAUGUCCUCUGACCCCCUUACACAUUAAUAAUCUUUCCACUUUAGAGUUGGAAAGGGCAAGGAUUGUAGGCAGUUUUCUUCGGAGAGAUGGGAAACCAACUUAACGUUAAGAUGGGAAAUUGACUUCUCACACUAAAAAUAGAAGCUGGGUAGAGUGUUGGGGCGGGGAGGGGUGGUAAGUCGGGCAACAUGUAAAAUAUUUUGGAUGCCCUGGGCAUUGUUUGCUUAUUCAAAGUAGACUGCCUUUUAGGGUAUGGCAAAUGUAAUAUUCAGUAGCAGGGAUCCUUUAUGAGUGAUAUUUUGCUGUUACAGUUAUCGGGUUUGUAACAGGAUUUGUUUGCUUGCUUGUUUGUUUUUGAGAGUAUAAUAAGUGACUCAUUUUCGUUCUGUAAAAGUGGCCUUUUCUUAGAAUGUGUUUCCUGCCUUCUACCAUGAAGGUUUUCCUACCCCGGUCAUGGUGUGCAGAGCAUGGAAUCUUACCCUGUUGCUCUUGUGAUUCCCAUUACAGGUUUCUCUGGAAACCCCCCUGGUAAGUGUGGAGGAGGCGGGACACUCUGACCCAAGACAAAAGGCCUGUAGCUCCAGCCAAAGAAAAUAAACCUUAGGAGGGAAAAGGAAAAAAAAAAAAUCCAUCAGCUGUUUCUGAGAACAGCCUGCAGUGGAAUCUACAGAGAGGACAGCUAAUGUGAGUGAGGAAGUGACUGUAUGUGGACUGUGGAGACAGUAAGUCUCGUGGGCCCUGAGGGCCUGGACUGGGUUAGGAACAGUUGCGCUUUCAGAGGUGAGGUGUCAAGAAGGGAAAAGUGAAUGUGGUCUGGAGUGUGGCCUUGGCUCCACGGGGUGUGCUUUCCUCUGGGGCCGUCAGGGAGCUCAGCCCCUGUGUUCUGCCAGGGUGAGGUGCAGGGUUUGGCACUGAGGAGGGUAAUUUGCUGGCUGAAGCAGCAGAGCAGUGGCCUUGAUUUGUAUUUUGGAAGAUUUAAAAACCAAAAAGCAUAAACAUUCUGGUCCUUCAGCAAUGCUUUCUCUGAAGAAAUACUUAACGGAAGGACUCCUUCAGUUCACCAUUCUGCUGAGUUUGAUUGGGGUGCGGGUGGACGUGGAUACUUACCUGACCUCACAGCUCCCCCCGCUCCGGGAGAUCAUCCUGGGGCCCAGUUCUGCCUAUACUCAGACCCAGUUCCACAACCUGAGGAAUACUUUGGAUGGCUAUGGUAUCCACCCCAAGAGCAUAGACCUGGACAAUUACUUCACUGCCCGGCGGCUCCUCAGUCAGGUGAGGGCCCUGGACAGGUUUCAGGUGCCGACCACUGAGGUAAACGCCUGGCUGGUCCACCGGGACCCGGAGGGGUCUGUUUCUGGCAGCCAGCCCAGUUCAGGCCUCGCCCUCGAGAGUUCCAGUGGCCUCCAGGAUGUGACAGGCCCAGACAACGGGGUGCGAGAAAGCGAAACGGAGCAGGGAUUCAGUGAAGAUUUGGAGGAUUUGGGGGCUGUAGCCCCUCCAGUCAGUGGAGACUUAACCAAAGAGGAUAUUGAUCUGGGGGCUGGGCGCGAGAUUUUUGACUAUAGUCAUCGCCAGAAGGAGCAGGAUGUGGACAAAGAGCUGCGAGAUGGAGGAGAGCAGGGGGACACCUGGCCCGGUGAGGAUGCAGAGGCUCUGGCGCGGAACCUGCUAGUGGAUGGAGAAACUGGGGAGAGCUUCCCUGCACAGGUGCCUGGUGGGGAGGACCAGACGGCCCUGUCCCUGGAAGAGUGCCUUAGGCUGCUGGAGGCCACCUGCCCCUUUGGGGAGAAUGCUGAGUUUCCAGCAGAUAUUUCCAGCAUAACAGAAGCAGUGCCUAGUGAGAGUGAGCCUCCACCUCUUCAGAACAACCUCCUGUCUCCUCUCCUGACGGGGACAGAGUCACCAUUUGACUUGGAACAGCAGUGGCAGGAUCUCAUGUCCAUCAUGGAGAUGCAGGCCAUGGAAGUAAACACGUCGACCAGUGAAAUCCUGUACAACACCCCUCCUGGAGACCCACUGAGCACCAACUACAGCCUUGCCCCCAACACUCCCAUCAAUCAGAAUGUCAGCCUGCAUCAGGCGUCUCUGGGGAGCUGCAGCCAGGACUUCUCCCUCUUCAGCCCUGAGGUGGAGAGCCUGCCUGUGGCUGGCAGCUCCACACUGCUCCCCCUGGUCCCCAGCAAUUCCACCAGCCUCAACUCCACCUUUGGCUCCACCAACCUGGCGGGGCUCUUCUUUCCACCCCAGCUCAAUGGCACCACCAAUGACACAGCAGGCCCAGAGCUGCCUGACCCCUUGGGGGGCCUUCUGGAUGAAGCCAUGCUGGAUGAGAUUAGCCUCAUGGACCUGGCCAUUGAAGAAGGCUUUAACCCUGUGCAGGCCUCCCAGCUGGAAGAGGAGUUUGACUCUGACUCAGGCCUCUCCUUGGACUCGAGCCAUAGCCCUUCCUCCCUGAGCAGCUCUGAAGGCAGUUCUUCCUCCUCUUCCUCUUCCUCUUCUUCCUCCUCUUCCUCGGCUUCUUCCUCAGCCUCUUCCUCCUUUUCUGAGGAAGGUGCUGUUGGCUACAGUUCUGAUUCUGAGGCCCUGGAUCUAGAAGAGGCAGAGGGUGCUGUGGGCUACCAGCCCGAGUAUUCCAAGUUUUGCCGCAUGAGCUAUCAAGAUCCAUCUCAGCUCUCCUGCCUGCCCUAUUUGGAGCAUGUGGGCCACAACCACACAUACAACAUGGCGCCCAGUGCCCUCGACUCUGCUAACCUGCCGCCUCCCAGCACCCUCAAGAAAGGCAGCAAGGAGAAGCAGGCAGACUUCUUAGACAAGCAGAUGAGCCGGGAUGAGCAUCGAGCCCGAGCUAUGAAGAUCCCCUUCACCAAUGACAAGAUCAUCAAUCUGCCUGUGGAGGAGUUCAACGAGCUGCUCUCCAAAUACCAGCUGAGUGAGGCCCAGCUGAGCCUCAUCCGUGACAUCCGGCGCCGGGGCAAGAACAAGAUGGCGGCGCAGAACUGCCGCAAGCGGAAGCUGGACACUAUCCUGAACUUGGAACGAGAUGUGGAGGACCUGCAGCAGGAUAAAGCCCGGCUGCUGCGGGAGAAAGUGGAGUUCCUGCGGUCACUGCGGCAGAUGAAGCAGAAGGUCCAGAGUCUGUACCAGGAGGUGUUUGGGCGGCUGCGUGAUGAGAACGGGCGGCCCUAUUCCCCCAGCCAGUACGCGCUCCAGUAUGCUGGGGAUGGCAGUGUCCUUCUCAUUCCCCGCACGCUGGCUGACCAGCAGGCUCGGCGGCAAGAGAGGAAGCCAAAGGACCGGAGGAAGUGAGCCUGGGGAGGAAGGGGUUGACGCUCACCAAGACCGAAACUGAAGGGCUGGGCCUGGACUUGGACCUGGACCUACAGCGGGGACUUUAAUGCCUUCUUACCCAAUAUAUCUUCUCAGAUGGGAUGACUGCGGGUCAGUGUACAGGAGAGGCGGGCGCAGGCGCUGUCUGGCUCAGCUUCCCCCCACGGGGGUGGGGUGAAAGUGGCCAGACCGUUUGGGUGGAGAGGGUCCUCGCCCCUACCCCUUACCUUCAGGGGAAGGGGUGGUGCUGCCAUUGCUGGAGGCAGGGGAGCUAUAUGGAGCAGAGGCCAACAGGGAAAGGAAGGGACUUGGGAGAGGAGGGGAAAGUAGUAGAAAGUCUUGUUCCUGGAAGGGAGGAAGAAUAACCCCAAGAAAUCAAAGCGGGAAGAAAACCAAGGGAAGGUCAAGUUUGGCUUUGGCCAGGAUUCCAGGCAGCAGGUGUAGUGACUUGGGUGGGACUAGGUUAUUGGUGUGAGUGAACCCCAUUUCACUCUGGGGAGGGGUGAUAUGCAGACACAGGGCAGGCUGGGCUGGGGGCCUUGUUAACUUUCUGCUCCCUGUACCUUUGGCAUCCCUGAAGGGGCUCUUGGAUAUCUCCCAGUAUUUUUCAGUGGGGUGGGAGCCAUAGGGACCCAACACUGGCGUUGAGGUUUAGGGUCAAAGGGCAGAGUGAAGAAGGAAGGGUCAUGAGGCCCCAUGUUGCAGCAGCCCCAACACCAAGCAUGUCACUCACUGCCCUGCCACUCCCAUUUCCCUUUGUGCUCCAGCCACCUCUGAGGGAGGCACCCACUGUCCCCAUCAGAGCCCGCAUGUGAAUGCUGUACUCUUCCACCCCCCUCCCCCCACCAGCUGCCUGUAGCUGUUAGGUAGCUGGACCACCAGUGCUCCCGGUACUGGGCCUGCGCCCGCCUCCUCUGGGGGCUGCCUCUGAGGCAGGGGGUGGUGGUGGGGCAGGGGGGAUGAUGUGGAGGGAGAAGCCAGCGCUACAGCCUCCAGGCAGUAUUCAGCACAACACUGGGGAGUGACCCUUCCUUCAGACCUCCCCCUACCAACUGGGCUUGUCACUGAAAAAAAAAAAAAAAGUCUACACAACUCAGCAACAACAAAACUAGUCCUUAGAAUUUCUUGCGCUUUGAUUUUUUUAGGGCUUGAAACUGUUUCACUUAUAGGGUUUAGAAUGCUUGUGAUGAGUAAAAAGGAGAUGCCCCAAUAUUCAAAGCUGCUAAAUGUUCUCUUUGCCAUAAAGACUCCGUGUAACUGUGUGAACACUUGGGAUUUUUCUCCUCUGUCCCGAGGUCUCUGUCUGGUUUCUUUUUUUUGGGUUUCUUUGUAGAAUGAGAAGUGCAUGAAGUGGGGGCUGAGAGCACCCUUCCCCCAGGCUCUCAGCCAUAGGCAGCUUUUGCACAGCCCUGCCUUACCAGGGCUCCUGGAGACUGCCUGGAGGAGCAGAGAAGGGAGCUCUGAGGUGGCCAGAUGGCUCCAGGACCACAGUGUCUUUAACUGUCACUGCUGCCAUCCCUGCCUGACUCUGGAAUACCCUGUUCCAGACUAAUAGGAGCGGGUUGAGGGGGGGAAGCACUGAUUUCCCUCCCCAUGGGGGGGGUGUUCUACCUGAGCAGUGGGGAUAGAAGGCGUGAGCCUGGGAAGUGCUUUUAUAAAUUAUUUUCCUUGUAGAUUUUAUUUUUAAUUUAUCUCUGUGACCUGCCAGGGAGAGGAGAGAGAUGCUGUGAGCACAUGACAAAAUAAAAUAAAACGAUGAUUCAUUCUCAA